UCUGUGAGAGUCGAGAAGGCAUUGAGAAUAAGCUGGGUCAGGCUCAGUGGGGCCAAGGCCAUGGCUGGACACCAAAAGGAAAAGGUGAUGCUAGAUGAGGUGCAUCAGAACCAGAUCUUGCGGGAAUUGUACCUCAAAGAGCUACGAACCCAGAAACUCUACACGCAGUAUCAAGUGAAUCCCCUGCGCAAAGUUCACACAAUCACCAGAAAGCCCAUGUCUUGGCAUGAUAACCUGGAGGAACCUGCAGAUGACAAGUUUCUGAAUCUUAUUCACCAUGCUGCCCAGGGACCCAGGAAGAAAUACUCAGAGACACAGACUGAAAGCCAAGAAAUUGGAUGGUUCUCAGAGCCCUUGGUCAACCCAGAACAUGAUGACCGUAGGCUGAACCACUUCAGAGUCUACAGUGACAUCACUCUGUACAAGGCUAAAAUGUGGAGCUUGGGUGAAGAUGAUCGCCGCAAGUAGGUUGCCAGCACUGAUGUCUACCCGUC